GGCAGUGACAUGCCUUCACAUGGUGACUGGUCAAUGACUCCACUCCCCGCUUCGACGCCACCUGCCCCUCUCUCACAUGCUCUUCAUCUCCUACCUUUCGUCGACAUCCCCAACUUGCCAGACAGUAGCCUACAAAAUGAUCACACGAAUACGAAACUAACCCUCCAUUCACGAUAACAACCACAAUGUCCACCCGAGCCGAAAGAUUCAAGGAGGGGCCUCAGACGGCCCAGGAGCGACGCGCCGGCGAGUCUGCGCUGAGCGACUUUGCCGACUACGUCCAGCAGCAGCAGGCCCUGCGCAAGCCAGCAGUCGCCGGCAGUCAAGCUGCCACUGCUGCAUCUACCAACGGAGCGUCCAAGAAUGCCCACGCCGAGCUUGACAUCCUUGAUUCCCUCGACCUCGCAGAUGCGAAGCCAAGAGUCCGGUUAAAGGAGCUGUUGCUUGACGACGGCGAAACUCGAGAUGAUGCCACUCGACAGCUGCGCGGGAUCAUCGAGGACCGAUUGAACGAAGGGCACGGCGAGUGCCUGUUCGACGUCGGGCUCGAAGACAAUGGCGACCGUCAGCUGUUGACGGAACAAGAGUGGGAUGCCGCUCUCGCGCGGCUGAAGCGAAUCAUGAAUGCGCUGGCGGCGGACUGGAAGAUACUCAUGACCAAGAACGUGCCCAACAGCCCGGUCGACGUGGGCAAUGAGAACAUGAAACAGAAGGGAUGCAUAGGGAAGUUUAUGAUACGGCGGCGUCCCAAGGAUGUGGAUGAUACCAUCGAGACUCGAAUAGCCGUGGUGGGCAACGUGGAUGCCGGUAAGAGCACUCUGCUCGGAGUCUUGGUCAAGGGAACGCUGGACGAUGGCCGUGGUAAGACACGAGUCAACUUGUUCCGGCACAAGCACGAGAUCGAAUCCGGUCGGACCAGCUCCGUUGGAAUGGAGAUUCUCGGCUUCGACACCAAGGGAGAAGUGGUUGUCUCCGCCGUUCCCGGGCGAAAGCUAAGCUGGGAGGAGAUUGGCAAGCGCAGCGCCAAAGUCAUCUCCUUCACCGACUUGGCUGGGCACGAACGGUACCUACGCACCACGGUAUUUGGACUGCUCUCAAGCGAGCCGAACUACUGCCUCUUGAUGGUAGCAGCGAACAACGGCCUCAUCGGGAUGAGCAAAGAGCAUCUUGGCAUUGCGCUCGCCCUCAACGUCCCCGUCAUGGUUGUCAUCACCAAGAUCGACAUCUGUCCUCCUCAGAUCUUACAACAGACCAUCACGCAACUGACGAAAAUCCUCAAGUCUCCUGGGGCCCGGAAAAUCCCAAUCUUCAUCAAGAACCGCGAAGACUGCAUCAACACUGCGACGCAGUUCGUCAGCCAGCGCAUCUGCCCCAUCUUCCAGGUCUCCAACGUUACCGGAGAGUCGUUGGAUUUGGUCCGGGAGUUUCUCAAUAUUCUCCCGCAUCACGGCAAGUACGACGUGGACGCGGCCUUUGAGUUUCACAUCAACGACACCUUUUCGGUGCCCUUUGUUGGCACGGUCGUGUCGGGCGUGGUCAAGUCUGGCGUUGUGCACGCCGGCGAUACGGUGCUGGUCGGCCCGGACGGACUCGGGCAGUUUGCCACGACGACCAUUCGAAGCAUCGAGCGCAAGCGUAUAUCAGUGCCGGUUUGCUCGGCGGGGCAGAGCGCGUCCUUCGCGUUGCGCCGAGUACGGCGGAAAGACGUGCGCAAAGGCAUGGUGGUCCUGUUGGCCAAGUCUGACGCGAACCCCAACGCGCCGGUGGCACAGCCCAAGGUCUACAAGGAGUUCAUUGCAGAGGUGCUCAUCCUCUCGCACGCGACGACCAUUCGGACGAAAUACCAGGCGAUGCUGCACGUCGGGCCGGUCAGCCAGACGUGUGCGAUCAUCGACAUCGACCGGCCGUACAUUCGGACUGGCGACCGGGCGACCGUGGCUUUCCGCUUUGUGCAGCGCCCCGAGUUUUUGUGUGUCGGCGAUCGAAUAUUGUUUCGCGAGGGCCGGACGAAGGGGCUGGGGAUUGUUAAGCAAGUGGGAUACGACUCUACCAAACCGCUUAAUCCCGACGCCCCCAAGGACGAGACGGAGAGUGGUGUGGUGAAGACGUCUACCAAAGCCGUCACUUCUCAAGCAUGAGUGUGGGAGACGAGGAGAGCCUCCAUGAACGACUUGAUGUCGUUUCGAAUGUGUAGCAGAGAUAUCUCCGCCUGUACUAUCUCGAUGUCUGUAAGGUGCAGUAACAUCCGUUUCAAACAAUGUUUUUUGGAUUGGAAUUAAGGGCGUUCCGUAUGUUUGCUGUGUAUACAGUCCCUGAUCUCCUGAUGUCCUGAUGACAUGAAGCCUCCAGACGUCACGCUCAGUCAGCAUGAAGCCCAACCUUCAUCAUACUCCAUCUCGC